GGCCGGGCCGUUAACGGCAGCUUGGACGCGUUUGUGGCACGUCCGCCUGUGUGAGCUGCGGGAAGCUAACUGAAACCUGCGCUGGUGCGAUAGCCGCGCCGCGGGACUCGGUGCGGCCGACGGACCUCGGCUGGGCAGUUCUCCUGGACAGGAAAGAAGGAAUGUUUAAACUUCUUGUUCAAGAAAGACUUCUUGGUGGCGGUCCUCUCCCAACUCAAUCUGUGGCUGCCUCCAGACGCUCUCAAGAUGGCGAUCUCUCUGUGUUCCAACACCUACAACAGGCAGAAUUGGGAGGAUGCGGACUUCCCUAUUCUGUGCCAGACAUGUCUUGGAGAAAACCCAUAUAUCCGAAUGACCAAAGAAAAGUAUGGGAAGGAAUGCAAAAUCUGUGCCAGGCCAUUCACAGUGUUUCGCUGGUGCCCUGGGGUCCGCAUGCGUUUCAAGAAGACUGAAGUGUGCCAGACCUGCAGUAAAUUGAAGAAUGUCUGUCAGACCUGCCUCUUAGACCUAGAGUAUGGCCUGCCUAUCCAGGUUCGUGAUGCAGGAUUGUCUUUUAAGGAUGACAUGCCAAAGUCCGACGUCAACAAAGAGUACUACACGCAGAAUAUGGAGAGAGAGAUUUCCAACUCUGAUGGAACACGGCCAGUUGGCAUGUUGGGGAAAGCCACAUCCACCAGUGACAUGCUGCUCAAACUGGCCCGGACCACACCCUACUACAAAAGGAAUCGACCACACAUUUGCUCCUUCUGGGUGAAAGGAGAAUGUAAGAGAGGAGAGGAGUGUCCAUACAGACAUGAAAAACCAACAGAUCCGGAUGACCCCCUUGCUGAUCAGAACAUUAAAGACCGAUAUUAUGGAAUCAAUGACCCUGUGGCAGAUAAACUCUUGAAGCGGGCUUCAACAAUGCCACGUCUGGACCCACCAGAGGACAAGACUAUCACCACACUGUAUGUUGGUGGUCUGGGCGAUACCAUUACUGAGACCGAUCUGAGGAAUCACUUCUACCAGUUUGGAGAAAUCCGGACCAUCACUGUUGUGCAAAGACAGCAGUGUGCUUUCAUCCAGUUUGCCACAAGGCAGACUGCAGAAGUGGCUGCCGAGAAGUCCUUUAAUAAGUUGAUUGUCAAUGGCCGCAGGCUCAACGUGAAAUGGGGGAGGUCCCAGGCAGCCAGAGGGAAAGAAAAGGAGAAGGACGGAACCACAGACUCUGCAGUCAAGCUUGAGCCCGUUCCAGGGCUCCCAGGAGCUCUUCCUCCUCCUCCUGCCGCAGAAGAAGAAGCCUCUGCCAACUACUUCAACCUACCGCCUGGUGGUCCUCCGGCCGUGGUGAACAUUGCCCUGCCACCCCCACCUGGUAUUGCCCCGCCCACACCACCAGGUUUUGGGCCACACAUGUUCCACCCCAUGGGACCACCCCCUCCUUUCAUGAGGGCUCCAGGACCAAUCCACUAUCCUUCUCAGGACCCUCAGAGGAUGGGAGCACAUGCCGGGAAACACAGCAGCCCCUAGCACUCGUCACCACUCUGAGGCUCUACGGAAGAGAGGGCGCUUAAAAACCCUAGGAAAUGAAUCUCGGGAUAAAUCUAUUUUUCCUUCCUUCGUAGUUUCCAUGGUAGUGGAAUUUAUUCAGAUGUGGGCAGUUGGAGAAUGACAGCCAUGAUUUCCUCUAUGUGUUCUCAAAGGAUUGAUGGACCUGAAAUAAGCUGCCAUUAACACAUCUGGUUAUUGCUAUAACAUUACUAAUAAAACUUAAUG